AUGGCUGCGGCAGAGCUGAAGGAGAAGAGCGAGAAGAUGAGUCUGGACAUCGAAGCGGUGGAGGCUUCGAACCAGCAGCUUGCAGAUGCUCGUGAGGAGGCGAACAAACUCUACGAGCUUCAAGUGGAAGAACGCGGGUUGAAUCUUGAUCUCCAUCUUCAUCUCCAUUCUGUCCGUCUUAUAUUCUUGGCGCUGUUAGGAGAGUGUGUGACCUACGGGAGAGAACUCAAGCUCGUCAGCGCCUUGACGAGCGUGAGAGAACGAGGAGACAAGUUGCGACAGCAACGCAAGAGCGAGGAGGCGAGGAGGAAGCAGCAGAUGCAGGAGCUGCGGGCGGCAGUGAGCGAGUACGAGAAAAAGAUACAGGAGAUAGAGACAGCGAAGAUGGAGGAGACACGUCGGUCUCUGCAAGGAGAGUAUGAAGAGAGGCAACGGGAAGUGAAGGACUCGGUGAUGAAGAAAGAAGCACGUCUGGCAGAUCGUUUGAGAGCUGCUGCAAGUGACGACCAGCUGGAUGAGAUUCGAAGGCAAGAGUAA